AUGAAUGAAAAUGUACUGGAUAUAGACAAAGCCGCUCUGGUUGAUGGAGACACAAUUACUGUGAACAACGGGAAAUUGACCGGAACGAAUUACCAUUUCGGUAACGGUUUUCAUACAGACUCACAGAUCGGUUCGGCGACGGUCAAUCUAGAUCUCAAAACGGAUGAAGAUUUAUCUUGGAAUCAAUCCACCGCUACCAUCUCUUCUAAAAUUACAGCAGAUGGCUCCACAAUUGUCAAGCAAGGCUCCACGCUGAAAGGUAAUUACCAGGCUGGACAGAACAUCAGUAUCACAGGAAAUACGAUUUCUGCAAACAUUCCGGAUGUCAAAGUGUCUUCUGGUAGCGGCGUGACUGUUUCUGGAAGUUCAAAGAGCGGCUAUGUAAUCAGCGCUCAAGGUACUGAGAUCAGUGGUGGUGAAGGCAUUAUCUGUGUUGGAAGCCCAUUAACAGGUUAUACUAUUUCAUCUAUCCAGCCAUACAAAAAGAAAAAGGAAGACGAUGACCCGGAAGAGAAAAAUGAGGACUCGGAGCCAUCUGGUGAAUCGGACCCAUUGACUGCUUCAUCUGCCCCAAGUACAGUAUCACUUGUUGGACCCCUUGGGGCGGCUCUUGGGGCAGCAAGUUCUCUUAUCGGUGCUGCACCCGCGGCUGGAGCGGUGGCUUCUGCCAGUUCGGCAUUUGGUGCUAUCGGAGCACUUGCUGGAGCGGCAGGUGGAGUGGCGGUUCUCGGGGGUCUGCUUCAAGAGUCAGGCAGACGCAGGCAAAACAAGACGAAUUCGGACGGAACGAAUAUUAUCGGGGCAGACGGGAACCCGGUUUUGGUAGACGGUAGUGAGGUUAUCAUAGCAACUUUUCCAAAAAUCAACGACACGGAUUGUGAUGUGACCCGAUUGAUGUUUGAUAAACCCCCUCCAUGUUCGUGGAGAGGUGUGGCAAAAGAGUUCGGUCAACAAAGUGUUAAUUUGGAUAUUCUAAAUGAAUGGAAUGAUGAAAUCAAUGCUCCAGCGUAUAUGUCAGUAAUCGCAAACAAUACUAGUCUGCUUCAGACAGCACUCGACACCAAGUUUAAUAAAACUGGAAUUCUGCCUUACUCUCAACUCUCGAAUACUCCUGACUUGUCUGUUUACCAAAAGAUCCUUUCUGCUACAAGUCCUUUAUCGAUUGCGAAUUCUGUAAUUUCUCUCAACAGUAACCUGAUUACGAGUCUUGGGACACUCACAUCUCUUAACGUAACAGGCGCUUUGACCGCCGGCUCGAUAAGCAGUCCGACUCUGAACAAUUAUCUGUUAUCCAGUGUUGCUUCAACAACUUAUCAACCUUUGAAUGCGCGUCUUACAAAUUUUGGGAACAUUGCGCCAACAAACACGUACAUGCUUAUCGCAAGCGGAGGCAAUUUCAUUCAAUAUAGUCCUGCAGAUGUUCGUGCGAAUCUCUCAUUAAAAAAUCUGAGUUUGCUCGAUACGUUAGACUAUACUAGUUCGGCGUUGGUGAACAAACCUACGCUUGGUUCGCUUGCAGCACUUAGCAGUAUUGACUAUGCUUCGACGUACAUUACUGGAAAGCCAACUCUUGGUUCUCUUGCAGCACUGAGUAGUAUAGAUUACACUUCGGCUUUACUUACAAACAAGCCUUCGCUUGGUUCCCUUGCAGCACUGAGUAGUGUAGAUUACACUUCGGCUUUACUUACAAACAAGCCUACGCUUGGUUCACUCGCAGCACUCAGCAGCAUUGACUAUGCUUCGGCUUUACUUACAAACAAGCCUACACUUGGCAGUUUGGCGGCUAAAUCUGUUAUCAAUCUUGGAAGUGCGGAUGUGACCGGAAUUCUUUCUGUUGCAAAUAUUGACCCAAACAUUGUGCUUGCUGGAACGGGUUUAACUAAAACUGCUCAGACUUUGAGUGUCAAUCCAGUACAAACACAAAUUACAAGUGUUGGGACUUUGACGGGUCUCACCGUUUCUGGUUCUAGCACAUUUACAGGGUCAAUAACCGUACCUACUCCAACCACGGCUUCGCAUGCUGUGACAAAAUCAUAUGUGGAUGGAUUGAUUUCUACAACGCAAACGGGAGCGCAACCGCUAAAUGGAAAAUUGACUGCUAUUUCUUCGAGCACCGCCACUCUCAACAAUUUCCUUGUAGGAGAUGGAACGAAUUAUAUCAGUACCACUCCAUCAGCAUCUAGGACAGCUUUGGGUUUAGGCUCGAUUGCAUUGAAGAAUUUUAUAGAUUUAGCAAACGAUGUUGGAACAACUGUCCUUCCAUAUGCCAACAUUGACGGAACCGUCGCCUUGAAAUCCUAUGUAGAUGGUUUAGUCUCAACUGCUGGAACGGGAUUGACAAAAACAGGAAACAUUUUCAGCGUGAAUGCUAGUCAAACAGGUAUAACAUCUCUUGGGACCCUAUCAUCAUUGAGCGUCGGUGGGAAUGCGAACUUAUCCAAUGUUCAAAUUGCCGGAACGACUGAUUCUACCUCGACCACAUCAGGUGCGCUCCAAGUUGUUGGAGGAGUUGGUGUGGGGAAAAGUGUGGUGGUUGGCGGCACCGUAUUCCUAGGAGGAACAACAGCGAACCUGAAUACCACAACAGGACAGACUUUGAAUAUAAAUAACGCUGCAUCGACUGUAGUUACUUCUACUCUUGACUCCAACGCUAUAAAUGCUGGUUCUCUCCAAGUUGCAGGCGGCGUUGGAAUUGCUAAAUCAUUAUACGUCGGUGGAUAUGGAAUCAUAAAAGAAUCUACAGCCGGAAAUGGACCUUCUGUAGGUCUUAUAAACUCAAACGGUGGAGGUUGGACUUUGUGGCAUAUAGGCCAAACUAGUGGCCUUGGAACUAAUAAUUUCGGCUUAUACAACAAUACUGCCGCAAAUCUUGCGUUAUCGGUGAAUGUGACAACGAAUGCACUAACUAUCAAUUCGGUAUCUGACUCCAACGCUACAAAUACUGGGGCGUUACAGGUCGCCGGAGGCGUCGGAAUCGCCAAGAAAUUGACCGUAGGGAGUGAUGCGAGUUUUGUCGGGUCGAAUCAGAGUCUCUUCUGGUACAACGGUUCAGUCUCCACACCAACAUUCGGAAGCAGCAUAACGGGCAACGUUUCAGCAGCAGGGUAUUUUUCCUCAAAUUCGGCUAUUGGCGAUAUGGUAAUUCGGGCACAGUACAAUAAUUCACCGACAAACUUACGAUUCGCUAACUCACCCGGCGUAUCAAACCUUGAUAUAUUGACAAAUGGAAAUGUUCUAAUCAAUACAACAACCGACUCCUCUUCUACAACAACUGGCGCUCUAACAGUUGCUGGAGGUCUAGGUGUGGGAAAAUCUCUAUUUGCUGGUUCAGCCGCCACGGGAAGUCAUACAUUGCAAGUAAACUCGACAUCUGUUGAUAUUUUAAAACUUCAGAGUCUUUCCGCGUCGGGGUUUUCUACUAUCGGUUUCCUUAACAACACAGGAACGGUAGUGGGGGCUUUUGGUUACGCAGGAGUCAAUACGACCGCUCCAAAUGCUGGGAACUUUUUUCUCUAUUCCGGUUCGAAUGCCAAUUUCAUAAUCAACUCUAAUCUGCCAUCUGUACAGAUUCUUUCCACUAUAGAUUCUACUACGACAACAUCAGGUUCCCUUCAGGUGAGAGGUGGAGCGGGUAUCGCAGGGAAUGUCAAUAUUGGUAAAGAUUUGACUGUUAAUGGCACAAUCUACUCCAAUAUUGCUUCAACCGGACCUAUUGUUAGCAGCCAUCUUGGGACACCGAACUUGGCAGCGGGGAGUUUCUCAACACUUCAAAUUGGAGUAGGAGCGGCUACAAAUAACAUGGCCAGAUUGUACUUUAACUAUGCUGGAGCGGGUCUUGCAACCAAUACAUUGGGUUUAGGAUUGUGGAACAGCCCUCAAGGUCUUACAGUUGAUGGAACGGGAAAGGUUUUUAUUCCUAAUGGUUCUAUCGGCAGUUUGACAGUUUCAGGAAACAUGAAUUUCACCGGAAAUCUGUCUACGAUUACUUCAACAGGACAAGGGCCAUUUUCGAUAGACCCAAACAACAGCACGAACCCUUACGUCCGAGUAUGGGACGACUUGAGAACUGUAGGAGAUUUUUCCGUAUGGAAUUCAGCAGAGACCACUACUUGGUUCAAAGUUUUUACGAAUAAUGGUGUUGCAUCUGUCUUUACCACAACCGAUUCCACAGGAGUUGGAUCAGGCGCUCUUCAAGUGAAUGGAGGCGCUUCUGUUGCGAAAAACGUAUAUGUUGGAGGUAAUGUAUCGGUCUUGAACACUUCUGAUGCAACUUCUAACACAUCGGGCGCUCUUCAAGUGAAUGGAGGCGCAUCUGUAGCGAAAUCUCUAUAUGUGGGGUCAAAUCUGAACAUAUCCGGCGAUUUGAAAAGUCCUGCAUUAAAUUCUGUUACAACUCUAAUUCCAUAUCCCACAACGCCAGCAACAGGUUCCUCAUGGAACGGCUAUACAGUUACAGCCUCCAGCGAAUACACGUAUGCGAAUGGAAACGGUGUAGAUGGAUACACUGGUCAUCCAUUCGAUGCGUACAUGAACGCCUCCAUUGCAUCCAGACUGCGAUGGCAAACCAGUUCCACAAGUACAGCCAAUUUAGGACUCGAUGGAACAACACAAAGUCUUCAUUACUCACUUUUACGGCUUCCAUCAUCUGUGGCUAUGAGUUCAAUCAAACUUACAGCAUAUCUACCCGAUGGAGUGUUAAUGCCGACAACAUUCUCUGUCAUUGCAGGAACAGUCGAGUCUACUAUGGUAACAAUCGCAACAUUUUCGAAUAUACCUGCUUCGAGUUGGGUAAUAGAUGUAUGGGGUUGCGCAUGGGCAUACGCAAAUCAGACGACAGCGGGUGGAGUGGCGAUAAGACAGAUUCAGUAUAAUCAAGCCGUUCCCAAAGCGACCCUUGUUAGCGCUUCUGCAAACAAUAUAGAUAUUUCCGAUGGCGUGAAUGAUGUGUUAUUGACAAAUACAAAUGGUUAUACGGGCGGGUUCGGUCCCAUUGGAUGGAAAGUCGGGAUGUCCGCGGUCUUUUCAAGUGCCGUUGCUCUUUUCUUCGACGAAUACGCAACUUUCCGCUCGGAUAAUUAUACCGACAAGUAUCACCCUCUCGAACAGUUACUUGAAUUUUUGGACGCAAUGCUACUAAGUAUCAAUAUCAAGAACGCACGCUCGAUGGUCUUUAUACCCGCUCUGAAAAAUGAAAUCUUUACGGAGACGAUUAUUCUUCUUGGUAAAAAUAGUACUAUCGAGGUCUGCUACGAAAAAAUGAAUUACAACAACUCCCUCGAUACACUUGAUAUAUGGCAUUUCGAUAAAAGAUGGAGGGUAAAAAUUGGAAAAGUGACGGGAAUGGCUUGA